AUGACCGACCUAAUCGGGGCAUUGCCGGAAGCUGGACCCAGCCAGACUCAACCGACAAUACCAACUGAUUUAACCCCAGAGAUCCAAGAAUGGAUGGAAAGAAUGCUAGAAGCAGAAGUUGCCAGGAGAGUAAUGAAAGCAACCAAAAAAGAAAGAGAAGGGCGGACAAUGGCGCACAGAGCAGCAGAAAGAGUGGAGGAAGAGAAAGAAGACUAUCAGAGACUAUGGGAGCAACAGCUCAUUAUCAACUCCGAGACACCAGACAGAGAAAAAGGUGCAGAGAAGAGGGAACCCAGAAGAACUAGGAGUGCAUUAGACAACCCUCCAACAUUCAAUGGGGACCAGACAAAGUUUAAGGACUUCAUGGAGCAUGUCUCACUUCACUUCGAAGAAGAUCCCACAUACUUUGGAGAUGAAAAGAGAAAGAUAACCUUUGUACUGUCAUACAUGAAAGAAGGAACCGCCGCCAACUUCAGAAGCGAGUGGCUGGAAGAAAAAAUGGCUGUUACAUCUAUUAAGAACAAAGCUUGA